CUCUCACGGCUGCCUUGGCUGGUGGACUUGUAAUCGUUGUUAGUUUCAAAGAGGAGAAAGGGGAUGCUCUGGUCUGCUCUGCUCUGCUCUGCUCUGGUCUGCUCUGGUCUGCUCUGCUCUGCUCUGGUCUGCUCUGCUCUGCUCUGCUCUGCUCUCACAGCUGCCUUGGAUUAGCUGCAACAUUUGGAUUCAUGGACAUUUAUAGAUAGAAUAGAGAAUUUGAUUUUUCCGCAUCUGAACUAUCAGGCCUUUUUCCAAGACCAGUCUCAUUUUGUAGUGUAGGAAAUACAAGCUAGGCGAAGUCAACCCCACGUCAGAUACAACAAGCUAACGACAACAUAAUCAUUAGAAUACUUCCAGAACCCCCUUGUGGACACUUUCAACUAUUCCGGGGAGGAACAAUGAGCCGACAGAUCCUUGCCUUUGUCCUGGCCUUCAUCGGGUUCCUGGGGACCAUCGUGAUCUGUGCCCUGCCCAUGUGGAAGGUCACAGCCUUCAUCGGAGCCAACAUCGUCACCGCUCAGGUGUUCUGGGAAGGGUUGUGGAUGAACUGUGUGUUCCAGAGCACGGGCCAGAUGCAGUGUAAAGCCUACGACUCCCUCCUGGCCUUACCCCAGAACCUGCAGGCCUCCCGGGCUCUCAUCUGCGUCUCCCUCGGGGUCAGUGUACUCGCCAUCGGGCUGACUGUAGUCGGGGCACGCUGCACCAACUUCUUCCAUGACGACUGGCUGGCCAAGGAAAAGGUUGGCAUUGCGGCGGGCGCGGUGUUCAUGGCGGCGGGGGUGUUGUGUGUUAUCCCUGUCAGCUGGUCUGCUCACACCAUAAUCCAGGGCUUCUACAACCCCCUGGCCAGCCAGGAGAGGAGAGGAGAGCUGGGGGCGUCCAUCUACGUGGGCUGGGUGUCUGGAGCUCUGCUCAUGAUCGGAGGGGGGAUGCUCUGCAGCACGUACAGGUGCUGAGGAGAGGAGAG